GCACUCACACAUUUUUUAAAAUCAACGGAAAAAUUCGCAAAUGGCGGUUAGAGUGUAGUGUUUAUUCGAACGGUAAAACUAAAAAGAAAAUAAAUAUGGGUUGCGCUAACAAAAUGGAUUGCUGGGUCCAUCGAUUAUGUUUGGAAACUAUCACUCUUUUAAAUGUUGAUGAAACUAUUCAAAUGACAUCGCACGAAUUCUUUUUUCCGAACAUGUGCCAUGUUUGUCGUCGUUUUGGUGAAAAUGCUAUCAACCUGAAAAGAUGCGGUGCCUGUCAAAUGAUAUCUUACUGCAGUCGCGAACAUCAAGUGAAAGAUUGGUCAAAUCAUCAAGCAUUUUGCCAUGCGGUGUGUGCAUUAAAAAAAGAAUUCAAAUUAAAAACUUUAUUUGAUUCAUUCAAACGCGCAGCUGCCGAGAAUAGUGAAGAUAAAUUAAUAUAUCGAAAAGAACUUGAUAGCAUUAUUACAAACUGGAUAACCGAAAUAAUCAUCAAGCUUGAGAGAAAACUGACAAAAAUUGAAUAUCAAAUGUUAGUGCAUCCCAGAGUCUGCACCGUUUGUUUCGAAAGUGAUCCAAAACUACUCGUGAAUUGUAAGAAUUGUCCUCUGGCGUGUUUUUGUAAGAAGCAUUUAAAUGAUCCUAGUCAUGAGAGUGCUUGUAAAAAAUCAUGUUUUAAUGGAGUGAGAAGUGUAUUUUAUAGUAAUAGAACUUUUUCAUCGGCUGAAUGUGAAAUGAUAAAUUCUCAGUAUCAUCCUGCAGAAAAGAAAUUACCCGCUUCCAUGCUUGAAUUCACUGAAAUGCGUUCAUCGACAGAUUUAUCUCAAUGUGGAAUUAAUAAUAAAGAAGUCGACGAUGAAAUUAAAUCAGUUGUUUUAAAACGCUUCUUAUCGGAUCGUUUUUCAAGAGGAUUUACAAUACUCUUUGCCAUUGAGAAAUUGUCUCUUAAUUUAAAAGAGUCAUUGGUGAUUCACAUCAUUGGAUCACAUAUCAAGGAAUUUCAGACCAACGAUUGGGAAAUGAUACUGCAUUACAUGCCGAAUUUGAAGAAGCUUCAUUUGAUUUUCAUUGGUCCUGAAUUGCUCUUUGGUUCUUCGAAAACAAUUGCAAAUGUUUGUGACGUUUGCAAACAGGAAGGCAGAAAAUUAUUUGUUGAGAGAAAAAGCGUAUUGUAUCAUCAAUAUGCGAGAGGUGAAAAUUUUCUACAACCUGACUUGAUGGCCUGUUUUAAUCCGGCUUUCGUUCUUCAUAAAACUUGGAAUGAUUCAAUAAAAGCUUUUAAAAAAGGACAGUGUCCAUUGCUAGUAACUGCUCUGCACACUUAUGAGGCAGAGGUGGAUAAAAAAUGUGUUGAUUCAAGAUUUCCUUCAGCAAAAUGUAUUUUCAACGAUUUUAAUCCUUUUACUUACAUCUUCUUUCUAAGGCAAAGUGUUUAUUUUCCUUUGGGAGCCAAUAACCAAUGUCUUUACAUCUACGAGUAUCUCAACAAAAAGAAAAGAUCCAAGGAAUCCAAGUAACUUCAAUUUAAACGAAGAGAGUUGCAGACUUCGGUUUCGGAAAUUUAUUUCUUGAAGACUAAGAAGAGAUAAAUAUUUGUUAAACAAAGUUUUGAUAGAAUCUUUAUGUUUUGUGUUCGUUUAGUUUAUUAUUUUAAAACCUGUCAAUAUAGAGGUUAGGAAUCAUUCUUGCUUUUUUCUGUUGAAAAUAUUUCAAAGAAUUUAUUCUCAUGUUUAUUUAAACUAUUUUUAAUUACAUUAUGAAUAAAUCGUGUCAAAUUCACAAUUGACUUGUGUGAUGAAAAAAAAAUUUAAGCAGAAUUAAAAAUUUGUAACAAAAAGUGA